AUGCGGCGCCGGGUGCAGGAGACCGAGCGCCGGCCCAGGCUGAUGCUCGCCUUCCUCCUCAAGGUCGCCGGAGAUCCCGACGCGCUGCGCCGCCUCGUAGGCGACUUCCACGGCGGCCCGCAAGAUGGCGCGGGGGCCAAGUGGCCGCGGCUGCUUCUCGACGACGGGGAGGUCGUCCAGCUGGCGUCGGGCGACAAGACGAUGUCGUCCGUCGAUGGCGUGGGGUCGACGCGCUGUUGCAUAACAUGA